GGCGGCAGCACAGCGCGCCCCGCCGCCCAGCCAGCGCCGCGCCGGGCAGGGAGGGACCGGACCGGCCCCCCGCCCGCUCCCCGGCUCUUUAUUUUUAGGGGGCUCUGCUGCUCCUCUCCCUCUCCCUUAUCUCCCCCCCACCCCCUCCCCGCCCGCACACACGCACAGGGACACGCACGCACCCUCCCCGGUGCCCUUUCAUCCUUCCCCCCGCCGUCCUCCCGCGCCGGCUCCUGCCGCGGCAGAUGCGCCGCGGGUCACCGCGCAGCUGGGACUAUGGUGAAAUUUCCAGCGCUCACUAACUACUGGCCCCUGAUCCGCUUCCUGGUCCCUCUCGGCAUCACCAACAUCGCCAUCGACUUCGGGGAGCAGGCAUUGAACAGGGGCAUUGCUGCUGUCAAGGAAGAUGCUGUGGAAAUGUUGGCCAGCUAUGGGCUGGCAUACUCCCUGAUGAAGUUCUUCACGGGUCCCAUGAGUGACUUCAAAAAUGUAGGUCUGGUGUUUGUGAACAGCAAGAGAGACAGGACCAAAGCAGUUUUGUGCAUGGUUGUGGCUGGCGCUGUAGCUGCUGUAUUUCAUACUUUAAUAGCAUAUAGUGAUUUGGGGUAUUACAUUAUCAAUAAGCUGCACCAUGUGGAUGAAUCAGUGGGAAGUAAAACUCGGAGGGCCUUCCUUUAUCUUGCUGCCUUCCCUUUUAUGGAUGCCAUGGCAUGGACCCAUGCUGGGAUUCUGCUGAAACACAAGUACAGUUUCCUAGUGGGAUGUGCCUCCAUCUCAGAUGUCAUAGCUCAGGUUGUUUUUGUAGCCAUUUUGCUUCACAGUCACUUGGAGUGCAGGGAGCCUCUCUUGAUCCCCAUCUUGUCCCUAUACAUGGGAGCACUUGUGCGGUGCACCACGCUCUGCCUGGGCUACUACAGGAACAUACAUGAUGUUAUCCCUGACAGAAGUGGGCCUGAAAUGGGGGGAGAAGCUACAAUAAGGAAGAUGCUGAGUUUCUGGUGGCCUUUGGCAUUAAUUUUGGCAACUCAGCGAAUAAGUAGGCCCAUUGUCAACCUUUUUGUCUCCCGGGACCUAGGUGGCAGUUCUGCAGCCACAGAGGCAGUGGCGAUUUUGACAGCUACAUAUCCAGUGGGACACAUGCCCUAUGGCUGGCUGACAGAGAUCAGAGCUGUGUACCCUGCUUUUGACAAGAAUAACCCCAGCAAUAAACUGGUGAACACCAACAGCACCGUCACAGCCACACAUAUCAAGAAGUUCACUUUUGUCUGCAUGGCGUUGUCCUUAACGCUCUGUUUUGUGAUGUUUUGGACGCCAAAUGUGUCAGAGAAGAUUUUAGUUGACAUAAUUGGAGUAGACUUCGCUUUCGCAGAGCUGUGUGUUGUUCCUUUGCGCAUCUUCUCCUUUUUUCCACUUCCAGUGACUGUCAGAGCACACUUGACUGGUUGGCUGAUGACUCUGAAGAAGACAUUUGUGUUGGCACCCAGCUCAGUGCUGCGGAUUAUCGUCCUCAUCACCAGUCUCAUCGUGCUGCCUUACUUAGGAGUUCAUGGAGCCACUCUUGGAGUAGGAUCCCUUCUCGCUGGUUUUGUAGGAGAAUCUACCAUGGUUGCAAUAGCAGCCUGUUACGUCUAUAGGAAACAGAAAAAGAAGAGGAAUGAGAAUGAGACAGCUGCAGAAGGUGAAGACUCUGCAAUGACCGACAUGCCUCACACGGAGGAAAUGACAGACAUCGUAGAAAUGAGAGAAGAGAAUGAAUAAUAAAUGGGAUGCAAUUGUUCUCUGCAGGGACGAUUGGAGUGACGCUUCAGCAUCUUGUCGUCUCUCAUACUUUUUUGUUUGUUCGUUUUUAUUUUUGUAAUAAAGAGGCCUUGAUUUAAAAGGUUUCAGAUAAAUUCUCUAGCAUACUGAGUAUGCUCUCACUGAUGAGGGACCUAAAAAGAGGUCUUUGCUUCUUUUUUUCUUUUUUUUUUUCCAAUUGAAUUUUUUUUUCUCACUCCAUGCAAGCGUAAAAGAUACAAUUGCAUCACUGUAGAGUCUUCCUUACUUAUGCAUCCACCUUCUCUGGACAAUCUGCAUUUGUCAACCAAAGCCCUGCUCCUGUGCGCCUGUGUGUGUGCGGACCUGCGCUCGCACGCUCACACCGCCACGUGCCACUGGCUCAAUGCUACUGCCAUAACCCCACUCCCUCCCCUCUCUCCUUCUCCUUCCUUUUCUUGAUCAGAAAUGGAAAAGAAGUUUGGAAUACAGAGCUUUAUUUUACUUGCUUGAAAAUGACUUUGCUACAUAAACUAAUAUACUAUGGUGAACUAUA